AUGGAAUUCACGCCUGCUUCAUAUGAUGUGCUCAUCAACUUUACAGGAGAAGACAUCCGUAGGAAGUUCGUUUCUCAUCUCGAUUCUGCCCUCUCAACUGCUGGGCUCACCACUUUCUUUCACGAGGAGAAUAUAGUCAAAGCCAUGCAGCUCCAAGAUCUAACACAACCAAAAGAAUUGUGUCGGGUAGCAAUAGUUGUUUUCACUAAAACCUACGCUGAAUCUGCUUGGUGUCUCCAUGAGCUUCAAGAAAUCAUCAAAUGGCAGGAAAUUUAUUGCCGACAUGUUCUGCCCGUAUAUUACGAAAUUCAUCCAUCUGAUGUACGUCUUCAGAAGGGUAAUUUUGGAAAAGCCUUGAAAGCAACUGCACAACAAACAUUUUCAGGACAACAAGUGGAAGAUGCCUUGUCCAGGUGGAGCCGCGCACUCACCAAAGCAGCAAAUUUGUUUGGGUGGGAUGAGAGCAAUUACAGGAGUGAUGCUGGACUAGUGGAGAAAAUUGUUAAGAGCGUUCUUAAUUUACCAGUCUUGGCUGCUACUAAAUUUCCAGUUGGAUUACAAUACCAUGCGGAAAACUUGAUUCGAUAUAUUAAAAAUAACAAUGUCAGUAUCAUAGGGAUAUGGGGAAUGGAAGGAGUGGGUAAAACCACCAUUGUCAAAGCCGUCUACAACCAAAUUCAUAGUACGUUCAUGUAUAAAAGUUUCAUUGAAGAUGUUGAAGAAAUUUGUGGAAGAGGGCAUUUUCAGUUCGAAAAACAACUUCUUUCAGAUGUCCUAAAAACAAAGGUCGAGAUAAAGAGCAGAGAGAUCGGUGCAAGUAUGAUUCAGAAAAGACUUUCAGGAAGAAGGAUGCUCAUUGUACUUGAUGGUGCGAAUCAAUUUCAGCGAUUGAAAUUUUUAUGUGAAAAUCGUAAAUGGUGUGGUGAUGGAACUGUGGUGUUAGGGUGGCUAAAAUUUCUCAAUCUAAGUCACUCCAAGUACUUGACGGAAACACCGGACUUUUCAGGACUACCAAGUCUUAAAAAGCUCAUUCUCAAAGAUUGUCCAAGUUUGAGCAAGGUACACCAAUCCAUAGGAGAUCUCUGCAAUCUUCUACUGAUAAAUUUGAAGGACUGUACAAGUCUUAGCAAUCUCCCCAAAGAGGUAUAUAAGUUGAAAUCUUUAAAAACUCUCAUCCUGUCUGGUUGUUUAAAGAUUGACAUUUUGGAAGAAGAUGUAGCGCAGAUGGAAUCCUUGAUAACACUAAUUACUGAAUAUAAAGCAGUGAAACAAGUGCCCUUUUCAAUUGUAAGCUCAAAAUGCAUUGGAUAUGUAUCCCUACGUGGAUUUGAAGGAUUGUCACACAAUAUUUAUCCUUCUAUCAUUCGGUCUUGGAUCUCACCAACAAUGAAUCACUUAUCUUAUAUUCGUCCGUGUUGCAUGGAUUUGGACAAUAAUAAUUGGGGUGACCUUAAGCCAAUGCUGAGCAGCCUUGCCAAUCUUCGAAGUGUUUUGGUUCAAUGCGACACGGAGUUUCAACUAUCUAAGCAAGUAAAAGCAAUUCUUGUUGAAUACGGUGUACAUUUUACGGAGUUAAGGAUUUCAAACCAUCUAUUGAGGUUUUCUUUGAUCGGUGUUGGAUGUUACAAUGAAUUCUUCAACACUCUCAGCGAGAGUAUAUCUGAGGGAUUGGCAAGGAGUGAAUCUUCUUAUGUUUGUCUUCCAGGUGACAACCAUCCUCAUUGGUUGGCCCAUGUGGGUGGGCGACAUUCAGUUCAUUUCACUGUGCCUAAGGACUGUGACUUGAAGGGAAUGGUUUUGUGUGUUGUUUAUUUAUCAACCCCUGAGAAUAUGGCAACUGAAUGUCUUGCAAGUGUCUUAAUUGUUAACUACACAAAGUGCACAUUCCACAUACACAAGCAUGGCACAACAAUUUCCUUUAACGAUAUAGACUGGGAGGGCAUAAUAUCAAAUUUAAAAUCUGGGGACAAGGUGGAGAUUUUUGUGACUCUUGCUCAUGGAUUGGUGGUCAAGAACACAGCUGUCUAUCUGAUAUAUGGUGAAUCAAAGAAAAAUACCCUCCAUAAAUUCAUAAAAAAAAAGUUUGAUGUGUGA